UUCUUUAAUGUUGUCAAAAUACGUAAAUAUAGCUUUUAAAAAUUAGAAAUUAUUAAUUAAUUCCUUAAUAAAUACAAUAAAAACUAUGACAAAUGUCUGAAAUAUGGAAUCUAAGUACGUUAUGCCGCUGUUGUCACGCCGAUGGUCACUUCAAGAGCCUAAAUUUACCGUACCAAGGUAAAACAAAUGUCGAAAUAUAUGAAAAUAUGCUAAAGGACACUUUGGGGAUUACAGUAUCUAGACCGCCAUUAGAAGCAAGUUAUACAAUAUGUGAUGACUGUAUCGUCAAACUGAGAGAUGCAACGGACUUCAAGACACAAGUACUGGCGUGUGAACAACAGUUCAAGGAGUAUUGUCAAAAUGAACAAUUCGUAUCACGCUCCGAUGUUAAGAUAGAGGCUGAGUCGGAAACCAGUAGUUGCCAUGGCAACGAUGAUCAUGAGAAUCAUUUCAAUGCUGAUGAUGAUGAAUAUAAAGUCAUUAUUGAAAAUCCAACACCAGUCAUUAAAAAGGAACACAUGAUAGAGAUUGAUAUCAGUGAUAACGUAGAUGAAGUUAAGGAAGAAAAACCCGGUGACACUUAUAUUGAAGUCCCAGUAAUCAGUUAUACAGGAAAUAAUAAACCUUUAGUAAAAGACGAUAAGGUGUUAAAUUGUACAGCAAGUAAAAAACCUUUAAAAGUUGGCGAUAAGGCUUUAAAAAACACAGUACCAGUCAAAAAACUGAAAACUAGAAAUAAAAAUGAAGCUACUAUUAUACAUAGACCAUACAUCAUUCAAGAGAAAAGAGGAAAACUAUCAAAAUACUCCUGCAAGGAAUGCGGAGCAUCUUUUAAUACUAUAAAACUCAUAGGUGACCAUUUGGUCAAAGACCAUAAGGCCAUAUUCAAGUGCGAAUACUGCCCCAAAGUCCUAAAAUCAUUUGAAACGUUACUAAAACAUGUAUACAAUCAUGGUAAUAAGAAAAAUUAUAGGAAAGAGUGUCCUCGGUGUCCAAGAGAAUUUACUACUAAAGACAGUUUUAGAGAACAUAUGCAGUUGCAUUUUUCUCACAGCAGGAAUCCAGUAUGCGAUAUUUGUAAAAAGAGAUUUAAAAACAAGAGGAUUUUGUCCAUACACAUUAACCUACACUAUGGGACUAAUAAGAAAGUUCUAUGUGAUAUUUGCGGUUGGGGAUUCAACGAUAAAACCAAUUUGAAAGCUCAUAUUAACACCGUACAUUUGAAACUUAAGCCUUUUAAAUGUAAGUUGUGCAAUAAGGCGUACCCAACAAAACGCAGUUUUCGGGAUCAUGUGAAUAGACAUUCGGGUAAACAGAAACUAUACGCCUGUGACACUUGUAGUUGGAAAACACACCACGAAAAGAGGUUGCAAGUUCACAUUUUAAGACACUCAAACAAAUUCAUGUGUAAAAUCUGUCCGGAGAUUUUUAAUGAUAUAAAUUCUAGGAAAAAACAUGUCUUGGAAUGCCAUUUUCCGAAAUACCAAUGCAACAUUUGUGGGUUGGAUCUGUCCAGCCAAUUUUGUUUGGAUAGACACGUAGAGAUACAUAAUGGAAUCAAGAAAUUUGAUUGCGAAAUUUGCGGCAUGAAAUUCUCGCAGCGAUCGGGCUUAACUAGGCAUAAUAUUCGCUUUCAUGGCCCAAAAGCUAAUGAUAGUAUAGUGAAAACGAAAUGCGAGAUUUGCAAACGUAGUUUCAAAAAUAUAGAGGUUCAUAUGGAAAGGCAUCGGGUAAGGAACUUUAAAUGCGAGAUUUGUGGGCAAGCGUACGCUAGCAAUAGCACUCUAAACCGCCACAAAGCCCAAAAACAUUUUGGGAGAUCUUUCUAUUGCGAGAUUUGCAAUAAAAAGUAUUUGCAGAAAUCCAAAUUGAAUACUCAUAUGUUUAAAGUACAUGGGAUUAAGGUUGAAAAUAAGCUACGGAUUGUUAUUGAAAAGACGGAGACAAAUAGUGGGGAUUCUAGCUAAAAAUGUCACAAAGAAAGACAUUUCAAAUGAGCAGAAAAUUCUGUUUUCCCAAAAUGGGAGACUGAAAUGGUAUAAUUUUUAUUUUAUUUUAUUUAUUUAAACCUUUAUAAUCAGGCAACUAUGGCCCAUAGAUAUAUACCUUAUAUAUAAAUGUAUAAGCUGGUAAACGAGUAGACGGAUCACCUGAUGACAAGCAAUCGCCGCCGCCCAUGGACACUUGAAACACCAGAGGCGUUACAAGUGCGUUGCUGGCCUUUUGGGGGUUAGGAAUUUAAGGGUUGUUGGGGAAUCGGAGAUUGGGAAGGGGAGUAAUUAGGCUUCCGGUAACCUCACUCACACAACGCAAGUGUUGUUUCACGUCGGUUUUCUGCUCGGCCGUGGUAUCACUCCGAUCGAGCCGGCCCAUUCGUGCCGAAACAUGACUCUCCCGCUCCGAGACUUUGAAAGGAAUGAAAAUAAAACCAGCUUAAACCAAAGGCUAGAUGUUGACAGCUAUUGUUAUUCAUACGCAGCUUUGAAGCUUAGUUCGAAAGAUUUUGGCAGCUUUUCCAUUAGAUAUGUGCUAUGCAGCUAUGCUACGAAGAUGUAGUCACUCAAGGCGCCCUCCAUAAAAAUGUGACUAAUGUAUACUAAGGUAGCUUUUUAAUAAAUUAAUUGAUUUAAGUAUGUACUUACUGUGAAUAAAUGAUGCGGCAACUUUUAUUCGACUGUUA